AUGCCGCGGGGUCGGCCUCGCAAACUGAGAGUUGAAACCAACGAGGAAACAGAUGGAAACCCAAGUGGACCCAAGGCUGAAAGCUAUGGCGAUGGGGAAUUUAAGGACAAGAAGUGCACAAUGUGCUCCCAUAUAUUCACUACUGAGAGCCAGUUACAGAGACAUCUUCGUGACCAUGAAGUCAACGAUAAGCCUUAUCGAUGUGACCAGUGUCCACAGACAUUUAACGUGGAGUUCAACCUCAUGCUCCACAAGUCGACGCAUACAACUUCUGAUCCUGCUUGCCCAGUGUGCCAUAAAAAGUUCUCUCGUGUGGCCAGUCUCAAAGCCCAUAUCAUGCUGCAUGAGAAGGAAGAAAACUUGAUCUGUUCAGAGUGUGGCGAUGAGUUCAUUCUUCAGAGCCAGCUCUCUCUCCAUUUGGAGGAGCACCGUAAGGAGCUAUCAGGGAUCAAAGUCUACACCUGCAAGACAUGCAAUAAGGAGUUCAAGUUGUCUGCACACCUCAAAGAGCACACCAAGAGUCAUGUCAAGAUGAGGACACUCACAUCUAGUUCCAGAAAUUACAAGAAAAUCAUCGAUCGCAGUGGUUUUACAAACAGUUGCCAUCACUGUGGAAAGACAUUCAAAAAACCCAGCCAACUUGUCAGGCACAUACGAAUACACACAGGUGAGAGGCCUUUUAAGUGCAACCACUGUGGAAAAGCCUUCAACCAGAAGGUGGUGCUACAGACUCACAUGGUCCGACACACGGGGGAGAAGCCUCACCUUUGCAUGUUCUGCCCUGCUUCCUUUUCCCAAAAAGGCAACCUGCACUCCCAUGUCCAGAGAGUCCACUCUGAGACUAAAGGAGUGCCAUUGUUCCCAUGCAUGGACUGCAGCUGUGUGUUUAAGAAGCUUGGCAGUCUGAACGCCCACAUCAGCAAGAUGCACAUCUCUAUCAUUGAGGAGCCCUCCAGCACUUCGGAGGUAGAGACAACGGGUCAGGCAGCCACAGGGUCAGAGGGCAAUGAGGGGGUGACAGACGUCAUCCAGCAACUUCUAGAACUGUCUGAGCAGGUAGCGGGGGAAGCGACCCAGUCCCAGCACCCAGAGCCAGCCAUUUCUAUGGAAGCUGCCAUUAACCAGGACAUUCUUCAGCAAGCUCUGGAGAACAGUGGGCUGAGUGUGGUUCAGUCGCAGAGUAACGGAACGCCAAGGCUGUCCCAAAGCCAGUCCGUUGAGGGCACAGUUGUAGAUGACAAGAAAGUACCUGGUCAGGAGAAACCAGCUAAGGAGAAAAAAAGGAGCAUUCUCAGGAAACCUGUACAAAUGCCAGGCUCGAUCAGGGAGGAGAACGGUGUGCGCUGGCACGGCUGCCCCUACUGCUCCAAGGAGUUUAAAAAGCCCAGUGAUCUAGUGCGCCAUAUCCGCAUUCACACCCAUGAGAAACCCUUCAAGUGCAAGCAGUGCUUCAGGGCCUUUGCUGUGAAAAGUACCCUCACUGCCCACAUGAAGACCCACACAGGCAUCAAGGCUUUUGAGUGCCAGUGCUGUCUGAAAUGCUUCUCCACCUCAGGCAGUAUGAAAGUGCACAUGCGUCUGCAUACAGGUGUACGUCCUUUCCCUUGCCCCCACUGUGACAAGAUCUUUCGCACAUCAGGCCAUAGGAAAACACACAUUGCCUCCCACUUCAAAAGCCUUCAGCAGAAAAAACACAAGUUCCCUCGUAAAACCAACAAAACCAAGGUGUCCAAGAGUAACCUGCCCCUACCGGAUAUUCCCUUGCAGGAACCUAUUCUCAUAACUGACCUUGGUCUCAUCCAGUCCCAGAACCCUCGCCUGGCUUUCCAACAGUACCUGGAAAUGGUGGGCAGUGAUCGUCCUUACAAGUGCCAGUACUGCAACAAGGCCUACAAGAAAUCAAGCCACCUUAAACAGCAUGUCAGGUCUCACACGGGAGAGAGGCCCUAUAAGUGUGUGCAGUGCAGUAGGGGUUUUGCCUCCUCAGGGGUCCUGAAGGCUCACAUCCGGACUCACUCAGGCCUGAAAGCCUACAAGUGCCUGAUGUGUGAUACAACUUUCACCACCAGCGGCAGCCUUCGACGCCACAUGACCACCCAUAGUGACCUAAGACCUUACAUGUGCCCGUACUGCCAAAAGACCUUCAAGUCGUCACCCAACUGUAGGAAGCACAUGAAGACUCACAGAUAUGAGUUGGCCCAGCAGCUGCAGCCCCAGCCAACAGAGGACCCUCUAGGAAGGACUACAGUGGCCCAUGAUAUGCAGGUGGAGAUCGAGGGGGACGCCCUCCAGCAACAGGUUGCCCCCACAUCGGAACAGCAGAGCAUGCUGGGACUAGGCCAGACACAGGUGGUUAGUGGUAGCCAACAGGUGACGCUGGAGGCACAGCUGACUGACCAACCACUGGUACAAGGCGAAGACUCCUAUGUGACUGCUCAGCAUGCUCUGCCACAGAAUAUCAGCCAGUUUGAGACGCAGGCACUCCCUCAGCCUGCCUUUGACCAGCAUCAAUUAACACAAGGUUUCAACAUCACAGAAGGCUACUCUCAGCCUCAGUUUUCCACAGUCCAGCAGCUUCAGGACUCUAGCACCUUGGAGUCUCAGGCCCUGUCGUCUAGCUACCACCCCCAGAACCUACUCCAUGUGCCUAGCGCAGAGGUGACAAGUGACCUCCUUCAGCAGAGUAGUCAAGGUGAGCUUCAGCUGACUCCAGAGACGCAGAACUACCAGGAUGACAAUGACGACAGCAGCAAGAGAAGCUACAGGUGCAACUGGUGUAGUAAGGGAUUCAAGAAAUCCAGUCACCUGAAGCAGCAUGUGCGCUCCCAUACUGGAGAAAAGCCGUACAGGUGCCACAUCUGUGGACGAGCUUUUGUAUCAGCUGGGGUUCUAAAGUCUCACCUCAAUACGCACACAGGAGUGAAGCCCUUCAAGUGUAAUAUUUGUGAUGCCUCCUUUACAACCAAUGGCAGCCUAAACCGUCACAUGAUCAUCCACAUUAAGUCCUUCAAAUGUUCCAUUUGUGAGGAGAGCUUUAGAACCAACCUACUGUGCAGAAAACAUAUGAAGAAGGAGCAUGCUGUGGAGGACAGAAAUCAGGAUGGUGAAGAUGUUGAAGAGGAGGAUGAUGAAGGGGACCAGAGGGUAUCAAAGAGGAGGGGUAUUGUUAUCAUCACCCUCACAGAGGAGCAGGCGGCAGAGCUGGCUAAGGACCCAGGUGAGGAGGCUUCGGUGUCAGAGCGUGUCCUUGCCCAGUCGGCAGCUGAGAGGGAUCGGAUCAGUGAGAUCAAAGACAAGGCUGUGGAACUGGAGACUGAGCCUAAAUUUGCAAACUGUUGCAACUACUGCCCCAAGAGCUUCAAAAAACCCAGCGACCUUGUCAGGCACAUUCGGAUCCACACAGGAGAGAGGCCCUACAAGUGUGACGAAUGUGGAAAGAGCUUCACAGUCAAGUCGACCCUGGACUGCCAUGUGAAGACACACACAGGUCAGAAACUCUUCAACUGUCACAUGUGCAACACCUCUUUCUCCACAAAAGGCAGCUUAAAGGUUCAUAUGCGUCUCCACACUGGUUCCAAGCCCUUCAAGUGCCCCUUCUGUGAGCUGCGCUUCCGUACCUCCGGCCACCGCAAAACCCACAUCCAGUGCCACUACCGGCCCAACAAUGACGGACGCAAGUCAAAGCGGACAGUUUCCUCUGCAAGUCAGGCCAACCAGGGUCAAGAGCCCGAGACAGGACCGACCCAGUCCCAGGGACAGCGGCAGCAGCAGGUGGCCCCAGAGGCAGUCCAUCCAGUGAGUCUGUUCCAGAGCACCAACUCGGACCCCAACAUUUACCUUCCAGCCAACCAAGUCCUCACAGGGCAGUUUGACCAAAAUCUACUGCAACAAGGACUGGUGGGCCAGGCCAUCCUGCCUGCCUCUAUGUCAGCUGGAGGAGACUUGACCGUGUCUCUGUCAGAUGGCCUGGCCACUCUGGAAGGCAUCCACUUACAGCUGACCUCUGCCAACCUGGUGUGCCCCAAUGUCCAGAUUUCUGGCAUUGAUACCAGCAACAUAAACAAUAUCACACUUCAGAUCGACCCCACCCUCCUCCAGCAGACCUUACAGCAAGGUGGUCUCCUCUCUCACUCCCUGAGUGGCGACACUGGCCUCAUUUCCCAAUCAGGCAGCAACCUCAUCCCUACUGGUGACCCUUCAGUACCUGCUAAUGUGGUCAUCCAUCCCCUGACCAGUCUGGCCCUACAGCCCUCCAACAUCAACCCUGCCCAAGCCACCAUGGCAGGUCUCGCUGAGCAGGAUGCAGCAGGUUCUCAGGACCUGAGCCACGUGAUGGGCAGCUCUGGGCUAGUUGCUGGAGGAACAAGCAGUCAGGAAAUAACACUGACCAUCAACAACUCGAGCCUGACCCAGGCUCUCGCUCAGGCCCAGGCCUCAGCCCAGGCCUCAGGCACAGGGUCCAAUACUACAGCAGGUGGCUCCCAGGAAAUCACUCUCACCAUAUCGGGAGCAUGAGCGUGUCCACCAGCCAGGCCCUUCACCCAGCUCCCAGAAACCCAGAGUCUUC